UGCUGGUUUAGUUCAUUAUCAACGCUUGAGACUCCGACUUGUGAUAUACAAAAAUAGAAAGACGAGGCAGUCGGAAUAAUUCGGCAAUUCGGAAGCCCUUGUUCCCCGAUCUUCUGAAGCGUUUUUUUUGUUCGGUGAAAAUUUGUUGCAGUGCAGCAUGAAAUAUAUAAAUUGCACUCAGCCCGCCAUCGAUGACUUCCCCCGAGACCUGUUCUCGGAGGCGCAAAGACAGUCUGGUGCUGUUGUACUUCAUGUUAUAGCCAGUUUAUAUUUAUUUGUAGCCUUAGCCGUAGUGUGUGAUGAGUACUUUGUGCCAGCAGUUGAGAAAAUAUGUGCAGCACUCAACAUGUCCAAUGAUGUGGCGGGUGCCACGUUCAUGGCCGCGGCCACCUCCGCCCCAGAGCUAUUUGUCAACGUGAUAGGAACCUUUAUCACGGAGGGCGACAUCGGAGUGGGCACGAUUGUCGGAUCGGCGGUAUUCAACAUCCUGGCAGUGGCCGCGUGCUGCGGAAUCGGAGCUGGCAUGACAAUACCCCUGGACUGGUGGCCACUUACGCGGGACAGCAUCGCAUACGGAGUUACAGUGGCCAUUCUCAUUUGUGUGAUGCACGACGAGCGCGUCGAGUGGUAUGAGGCCCUCAUCCUGGUCUCCCUGUAUGCCGUCUAUCUUGCGGUCAUGUAUUUCGACAAAUCUUUCCAAAAGUGCGCCAAAGGUGGCGUCAAGCAGGCUCGUUCUCGCAGCCGGUCCUCCAACUGCAGCAUACAUACAAAGAACAGCAACGAGAAGGAACCAGAGCUCGUGGAAAACCGCAUUUGCCAGAACAUGGCGAACAUACAGCUAAACGGAGGACUUAACAAUGAACAGGCCAAGGCCACAAGCACAGCCGGAACCGGUACCACCACCGUUUCGAUAACCACCUCGACCAUGACCACAACUUUGAGCACCACCCACAGUGCCGGAGCAGGAGGAGGAGGUGGAGCAGUUGGUUCAGCACCAGGGGCCAUUGUGCAGAUGGCACCAAUAGACGGUGCCGAGGCAGAAUCUCAGGUGGCCGUAGCAGGCGCUGACGAGGAACGUAAGGAGGAGGGAUACUCGCUGCUCACAUACCCGAAGGACAAGAGCUGCUUUUCCCAAUUUACCUGGCUCAUCAUUUGGCCGAUCCAUCUGCUAUUUCGCAUUGCCAUUCCUGACUGCAAGAAGGCCAAAAACAAUAAGAUUUUCCCACUGACCUUCAUCAUGUGCAUAGUUUGGAUCGGAUCGCUUUCCUAUGUAGUUGCGUGGAUGAUAACCAUAAUUGGAGACACACUAAAGAUUCCUGACUCGGUGAUGGGGAUAACGUUCCUGGCAGCUGGUACCAGUGUUCCUGAAGCGGUGUCUAGUGUUAUUGUGGCGAAGCGCGGUCACGGAUCGAUGGGAAUCUGUAACUCUAUUGGGUCAAACACCUUCGAUAUCCUGCUGUGCCUGGGGGUUCCCUGGCUGAUCAAAGCAGUAUUUUUCCCGAUCCAACCAGGCCAAAACUACGUGGCCAUAAACUCCGCCGGAUUGGAGUACUCGGCGAUCACUUUGUUGUCGACACUGUUCCUGCUUUACCUGACCUUCUCCACAAACAAGUUUAAGCUGGACAAGAAGGUGGGCACUGCCUGUCUGGUGAUGUAUCUGGUCUUCAUGGUUUUCGCCUCCCUCAUCGAACUUAAUGUGUUCUUCCGCGUCAACCUGCCCACCUGCGGACGAUCAUGAAAUUGGUCUGCGUCUAAGAGUUGUGGGAUAUACGAAGGACGACCUGUAAAAUGUGACGUUUUGAUGAGCGAUAUACCAUUUCGGAUGAAUAGAUGGAGUGAAGAGAUGACAGUCUUCUGGCGCUAGCUCCGUAUCCGAUUCAGUUUGCGGCAGCUGGCUGGAACAACCCUAAGUGCAGUGGUUUAAUUAAUUAAUAUGUAUUUUCUGUUCUAUUCUAUCUACUUUGAUAGUUGAGUUACGUUAUACGUUAUGCUGUUAUUGUAAUAUUUUUUUUUUUUAUUAUUAUUAAAGUAGACUCUUUCACAAUCUACGGUUGAAACCCAAAAGAUAAAUUCAGAUGAAUGAGAAGAAAUUAUAUAAUUUACGGAACGGUGCAAAGGGAGAAAUGAAAACUAAUAACAAACCAAAAAAAUUAAUAAUGUAUUUAUAUGAUUAAUAUACAUAUAUGAGAUUUAACAAAGUCUUUAGUGAUAGUGGAUAUUGUUAAUUGGAUUGCCCUGGCUUGUAGGACAGAGUAUCACUGUGGACGGCAGUCCACGUAGUGACGAGUGCUCCCGAAAAUUGAUCGAAGGCGCUGUAGUAGUCCGAUCAUUCAAGUGAUACCACACAUCGAAAGGUAAAAGGGAUUGCAAAUUGCAAAUAAAGUCUUCUGAAUAAAUAUAUACUCUUAUUGUUUACGAAAAAAAGCGUUGAAAGUGAAAAGUACAUAAUUAAAAAAUUGUACUAUUCAAAAUAAAUGAAAAUUUAUAUCGGUUUGUCGGUCUGCAAAUAAACUUUGUUUUAAAAUUCUAAGCAGCUCGAUAUAAGAAACUUUAGCCAUUCCACAUGGUUUUGAAGAGGGAAAAAUACUCUAUAAAUAGAUCAAUUUCACACUUAUAAAAGUGCCGUUAAAGGGACUUUCCAAAUUUGUUUUCUGUAUCUAAAGUAAAGUUCCAAAGUUCUAAAGCGUAUUCACCCUAAUACAAAAACAUUGCUAACACCGUGUGCAUUAGUUUAUAUAUAUGGCGUUUAAUUCUGUUUUUAUUUAACACUUUCCUUCUCAUUUUCGGUUACAAGAAAUCUAUUGAGCAUUAUCUAGCAUUCAGUCGAAGUUAAUUAGCUUAUUAAGCGGGAAACAUCUAUAAAAGUGUCUUCUAGAUUGCUACCUAACCAAAACUUGGUGGCGAGUAAAAUGUACAUUUAUUGUACUGUAUUUGUAAUGUGUGGAUUAAACAACCAAAAUCAAAAUUGUUUGCUUAAUAGAAUGUUGUGAUUUGUGGUAGCAAUAGAAUAUGGCAAUACAAAUAUUAAAACGAAAAUUAUCAAAAUAUUUUUCAAAAGAGUGACAAUUAUGGGCAGUUUCUAUACAUCAAUUCGGAGUCUCUUGUGUUGGCCAUUUGCAGUUGUAAUCCAGUAAUCUGAAAUCGUUUUCAAGAUAAAUUUAGGCUUUAACUUUUAUCAAAUGAAAAUAACAUAUAUAAUUUUAAUCAACUACAUGUAAUAUUUUGUUUCAAAAAUUCUCAGAUCAAUAUUGUUGAGAACGGGUUUUUCUCUGAUUGUAUAUUAUAGAAAAAGUUGUCAUUACCGAAUAGGAACAAAACAAUGCAACUCUGAUUUCUUUUCUAGUAUAUAUCAUUAUUUUCAUACCAUGUUUAAACCGUAAUGAAACCCGGAAAAAAAAUAAUGAACGAACAUGUUUUAGAAUAAUUGCACUUCGGACUGCACCAGUAUCAGUUAUAUAUAAGUGACGUAUAGGCAAACCCCUAAACCACCAGUGCCAGCCAACCACAUGUAUAUCCUGAGAUGUAAAAUAAAAUGUAUCCCAAAGCAAAA